UCACCGAACACAGGUCUAGACGGACGGUCGUCCUGCACACAGUUGAGUCUGCCGUCUGCUUGUGAUUAUCGAAGAUGGCUGAUGUUGACAUGACAUGACAGUGAUGACAAGGGAAAAAGCCGUGACAUGAUGUCCGCCGUUCAAAACGCCCCCAACAAGGGAAUUAACCGCAGCAAAAUAGCACCCCUGGCGUGGAGCAGACUAGUCCUGUUAUGUCUCCUGUUUCUGGAGGGAGUCAUAGCCUGCCCUGAUAACAGUCGGGAUUUGACCUGCCAAUGGAGCCACUGUCUAGACACCUACUACACAAAACCUGAAUGUAAAGAUCACGAGGAUGGCUAUGGGUGUGAGUGUGGGCCAGGCUUCUAUUGGAACACACACAUGUGCAUUUCCUCAGCUGUCGACUCCAGGUUCGAGUUCAGAUCAGGGGAGCCAAUCAGGUACACCCUCCUGCUGGGUAAAGCCUUCCCCGCCCUCAACUCUUUCACCAUCGCCUUCUGGAUCAACGUGUCCGACGCCGAGCACCCUGGGACCAUCUUCUCCUACAAGGUCCGCACCAUGGGCAACCUCCUGCGCAUGACAAGCGGGCCGAAGCUUAAGUUUGAGAUUCUAGGACAAGAGGUGCUGACGGAUAUCAGCCUGAUGAGUGUGAGCUGGUACCACAUCGCCCUCACCUGGAACUCGACAGAUGGGACAUGGAAGCUGUGCAUCAACGGGGUUUGCUCAAUAACCGGACGCAUCAAGUGGACCGGAAAUGACUCUUUCGCCAUACCAUCUGGAGGGGAGUUCGUUCUAGGUCAAAGUUCAAGGACGACAGCAGUGUUCAACAGCUCGUUGGCACUGGAUGGUGACCUGUCUCAUUUGAAUAUCUGGAAUGAAGCCUUGGGUGAUAAGCAGAUUCUUGACAUGAAUAACUCCUGCACGUUUAUGUACUGUGGGAAUGCUGUUCAAUGGGUGGAGUUCCGGUCAGGUACCCGUGGUGCCAUGAAGAUGAGAUGGCCCUCAGGGAUACGUACAGGAUCAUAUCCAUGCAAUAAUGCAUCUUCACUUGCCAAAUCGUGUGAAACGUUUUGCAGUACUUCAAUUGGAGCACGGUGCAACAUGGAGAUCAAGGAAAAUAUCAAAUGGGACAGACAGGAAACCAAUCGUAAUGUCAGUGUUCCUUGUCCCACUUUCAGCAGCCAGGGAGAUAACUCAACCAUUUUAAAAAAUGCCAUUAGGUUCUGCAUGGAAGCAAGAAAGUAUCAAGGAGAGUGGCAGGACCCUAUCAUAGACGACUGUAUCUCCCCAGAACUGCUGGAGCUGAAAAUUAGGACGAAGUAUAUUGACAACUAUGGUAUAAACGAGAUAGAGCUACUCAAGCUGGCCUACCAGCUUCUAAACCACACGGAGGUCAAUAUCUAUAACAAUCCGGUCGACAUUGCCACUGUGAUCGACCUUCUAUUUAUACUGGUCAGAGCUCAGGACAUUGCCCCAAGAACAGUCACCUGGAAAUCAGAAGGCAACAUGUUUGCCUCAGUCACCAAUGAAAUUUAUCCUACCUUCCAGCAGACCAAAACAUUCAGUGAGCUUUUCAUCAACAUUGUGAACAACCUGCUGGCCCCGCGUAACGAGGCAGGUUGGAAUGCCACACAACCACUGGGGGACGAGGGGGACCAGUUGAUGCAGGCCAUGUAUGAAUUUGCUGAUGUCAUCAGCAGGUCAUUAGACUAUCACAUCAAGGAUGGCCUGGUGACAUACAAGGCUGCAACCAUACAAAUCAUCAGAGAAUACGUGGAGUUUAAGAUUGAGAUGCAGUGGGUGUACAGCCAGGAGGCGCUAGAGUUCCCAGACUCCAGUAUGCUGGACAGCAAUGGACGACCUGCCAGGGAAUCUGGGUUUGUCAAGCUACCCCUUGAGACUAUCAAUGCUGCCAACGCUACAGGGGCAACAGUUUUCUUUGGUAUAUCAACAUUCCGCUACAAAACACUGUACAGAAUGCUGCCAUCGUCCAAUCGUGCCGCGUCCAACAAAGAAGAUCGUGUAAAUACUCCGAUUGUUGCCCUCUACUUCCACAUUCAGCGCCUGAAAGAUGAUAAAAGGAUACCAGCUGAGAACCUGAGCUCACCAAUCAUUAUAAGUCUGCCCAUCCUAGAUACAAAGAACAUAUCCAACCCUGAGUGUGUGAAGCUGCAACACAGAGGUCGUACAGACUGGAGAUGGACCAGAAAAAACUGCACCAUGACGCGCUACAUCAAGACCAACGGCAUCUGCUCCUGUACCAGUGAGGGGGUUUAUGCUAUCACCACAGACAUGUACGAUGAUAAUUGGGACAAGGGAGAUAAACGUCCUAAAUUAAUGAACUUCGCCUCAUACUUUGGUUGUGCCAUGUCUGCUACUCUCUGCCUUAUGGUGUGUGGGGUUCACACGUACUUGAGAACAUCCACCAGUACUGCAGCUCUCCACCGGAACCUGUCUGUGUCCAUGGCACUCAGCCAGCUGGUAUUUAUGUUUGGGAUUGACAGAUAUGAAACACCCUCCAUCUGUCAAGUAUUUGCCAUCCUCCUCCACUACUUUUUCCUGGCCACCUACUCAUGGGUCAUGAACGAAGCAUUUAACCUGUACAUUGUCAUCACUUACUCCACCCACAACCCCAGCGAACAGACAAACUCCGGCUCCAUGAUCCGCUACUACGUCUUAGGCUGGGUUCUCCCUGCCAUUUUGGUUGGUGCUUUUGUUGGAACUUCAGAUCAUUAUUAUGCACAAGACAUGUGCUGGGUGGCGCCUGAUCACAUGUGGCUGUUUAUUGGUCCAGCUAUUGGUAUCAUUUCAAUAACAAUUUUAGUUUUGAUCUUCACUGCAAAAGAACACAAUGAAAAUUCGUACACAAAAAGUGAUAAAACAAACAAAGUCAUCAACAUCCACAUGAAAGCCCUCUGGACACAGGUAAUUCUGGUGACUGUGUGUUGGGCUUUUGCCUUCAUCUCCAUUAAAAUUGUGGACACCAUUCUCAAGUACCUGUACGCCAUGUUUACAUCCUUACAGGGAGCUUUCUUUGUGGUCUUCUACAUGUUUCUUCAUGAAGAGGUUCGUGAGUACAUUAAGAGCCGACAAAAGAGAAGAGCUCUUCAGCUGCAAGGAUUCGAAUACCAGGAUAAUCACUCGCUCGAUUCCUUUGCCUCUAACAGUUUAAUUGACAAGGACACCGGUGAUGGACACAUGUCUGGCACCGUGGGCUGCGGAAGUGGGAGUGUCAGCACCGGAAGUGGUUUUAAACUAAGUGACACGGGGGUCAAGGACGCGCGGCCGUCCCGACUCCGCGAGCUGUCCAGGAGAAAAAACAGAGCCCGGAUCGAGGCGAGCAGUGACGAGGGCUCCGACUGUGAGAUGAUCUCAAGUGUCUAGGGCUCCGCGAGAUGAUCUCUAGCGUCUAGGGCUCUCGGUGAUCUGAGUGACAUCGUGUCUCCUCUAGGGCUCUUGUGGCAUCAUGUCUUCAAGGGCUCUUGUGUGUGACUUCCAGGCUCCCAUAGGGCUCAUGUGUGUGUCCUCAAGUCUCCUAUAGGGCUCCUUGUAUGUGACAUUAUGUCUCCUAUAGGGCUCCUUGUGUGUGACAUUAUGGCUCCUAUAGGGCUCCUUGUGUGUGAGUCUCUUUAGGGCUCCUUGUAUGUGACAUUAUGUCUCCUA